AUGGCGGAUAUUGAGCAACAAGCACCUGUCGAGGGCACGCCAGUCGAGGAUGUAGAGAUGGAAGGCGCAGCUAAUGCUGGCGCUGGCGCUGGCGUGGACGAAGGUGCUGGUGAAGAGACGGCCUUGGCUGAUAUUGAGCCUGAAGCGCCCAAGCUAGUAUUAUUCUCAGACCUGAUCAAGAGUCCAAUCGUAGAAGUCGUUGUUGGAUCCGGAGAGACCCGCACCACAUACUCAGCACACGAGGCUGUUCUUCUCAAGUCGCCCGAAUUUGGCAAACAUGUCGAAAAGUUUGCGGCAGGAGGACCACGCCAAAUUGUCCUUUCAGACUGCGACAUAGACGCCAUGGGCUCGGUAAUCGAGUACCUCUACACGGGCGAGUACUUCCCCAAGAAGACUUCUUCGGCACGCGACGCCUCGCUAGAAAAGGACCCACGCCAACCAGAAAUCGACCAUGAAGGCGUCGGCCUUCUCGUCCACGCCCGCAUCUACACUCUCGCCGACCGCCUCCAACUCCCCGAGCUCAAAUCCCUUGCACACUCCAAAAUCCACCGUACCGCCUCGACGGCUAAAGGUGAACUCGCAUACGCCCGCUACGUCUACAAAGAAUCCGACCCAGAAGACACUACCAUUCGCAAGCCGGUGGCGGCCUUUUGGGCUACCCGCAGCUUCAGCCUCCGCCGCGACGCCGAGCCAGAGUUCAAGGCAAUGUGUCUGGAGUUUCCGCAGUUUUCGUACGAUGUGCUGCAGUUGGUGCUUGAUCAGCGGGAGAAGAAGAAGAGCGGCGAGGAUACGCCUGGGCGGAGUAGUGGGCCGAGUGUUGUACCGGGGAGUACGAGGAAGAGGGCGAGGGUUUAG